GAAUUGAUUUAUCACUGAAUGGCUCAAUGAGUAGAUGAAGUAGUGGUUCCAGUAGUCUAGCGAUGGAAGUAUUGAACUACUUUUCAUUCCCCAUACAAAGCAAUGUCUACGGCCUGUCGUGCCUACAGACCUAUGAGGGCACCGACCGUCUACUGGUGGCCACUCUGGAGCGCCAGAUAUUCUGCAUCGAGAACAAGGGCAACAAGUUUUCCUGCAAAGAGGUUCACUUCACGUACAUUCCGAACGGAGCGAACAUUAUAUCCAUUGACACAUUCCGGCGCCCAAUGAAUGAACACGACUUCGCGGUCGGCAUUACGUUCGUGAAGAUUGAUAAGACAGACAAAGACGAGACAGAAGUGGAUGAUAAGGGCAACGGCGCCGACACGCCCACCGAUAAGCCGGUGAUAGAGCACUACUACUUCAAUAUAUACGCCAGUCUCGUGACGCCACAGGACUUUGAUCUC